AUGACGCCCACACCGCCGACAACCAACUCGUCGACUGGCGCGUCGCCCGACAAUGGCCAGUUUCGCGUGGUGCGCAAGAGGAACAGAAUCCCUCUCUCAUGCGCACCGUGUAGGCAUAGAAAGCUGAAAUGUAAUCGCGGACACCCUUGCGACAAUUGUACCAAGCGUGGUGACACGACCUCGUGUGUCUAUGCCUCUCCUACCACGCGUAAGAAGCCUGGCAUCCACCAUGUACCUACCGGCACACCAGACGACAUGCAGAAUCGCAUCGACCGACUCGAGAGUCUCGUACUUUCGCUCAUGACCAAUGGCUCUCAAGCUGCUGGGCCCUCCGCCGCACACGCUGCUAUCACCUCGAGCAGAAGCAACAGCCUCGGCACCUCCAUGAGCAUGCCCUUAGACCCACACAGGGACAGCAUUAGAGAAGAGGGAGAAGACAGCGACAUCAAUGAUGUUGCUCAGGAUAUCGGCAUCAUGAAGAUCGAUGGUGCCAAAGCCUUCUUCGUGCCAGACGCGCAUUGGUACGCCAUAUUGUCGGACAUUGCUGAAGUCAAGAACUACUUCGCUAGUCACAAAGAGCAGUACCAAGAACAAUUCAGAAAGGUCCAGGCCUCGAAGUCCGACGACGUCUCGGGCUCCUUUCUGUUCAAGGGCCCUAGACUGAACAACAAGACCGAAGUCCUGGUCACGAUGCCAGACAAGAUCGCUGUUGAUGACUUGGUUAAACGUUACUUCCAGUCAUACGAUCCAGCUGUUCAUAUUAUUCACGGCCCCACUUUCCAAGGCCAGUACGACAGGCAUUGGCAGAACCCCAACGAGACGCCCGUCACCUUUCUCGCCUUGCUCUACGGCAUGAUGACCCUCGCAUUACAGUCAUACACCAGAGCAGGCGAUGAGCCUCCAGAAUAUCAAGGCAGAUCGCACGACAUGUCCGUCUCAUUCAAGCGCCUCACAGCACAGUGUAUUGUCCUUGCGGAUGUCACCCAGCCAUUGCCACAGCUCGUUGAGGCGCUCAUAUUGCAUAUCCAAGCAGAGCAUAGCAGUAGCAACGACGCAGAAACAGGCAUUCUUUUGCUGGUGAAUCUGUGUACUCGAUUGGCUAUGCGCAUGGGUUACCACAGGGAUUCUGGCCCGUACCCUAAUGUUUCGCCAUUUACUGCCGAAAUGAGAAGACGUGUAUGGGCCUUCGUUCGACAGGCAGACUUGCUCUUCUCAUGCCAGUUCGGUCUUCCUCCCGUGGUCCGUUCCGACUGCACUGACUCCGACCUUCCUAACAACAUAUUUGACGACGAGUUCACCGAAGAUAUGAAGACCCUGCCUCCUUCGCGACCAGAAUCAGAAGUUACUCCAGCCUCAUACAUGAUCGCCAAGGCUCGAUUGAUUUCAUGUUUUGGUCAGAUUGUUGAUCGCAUACAAUCAGUGACAGCGCCGCCAUCAUACGAAGAGAUUAUGAAGCUGGACGCUCAGCUUCGUGAAGCCCGGACUCAGAUCCCUCCUCAUCUUCAGAUGAAGCCUCCUUCGGAGUUGGCUAUGGCUGCGCCUAAUCUGAUUAUGCAAACGUAUGCUCUGGAGCUGAUCUAUCUGAAGUCGCAAUGUAUGUUGCAUCGCAAAUUCAUUGCAAGAGGACGCGACUCGCCACGUUAUGCGUACUCUAGACGAACCUGCAUUGACGCAUCUAUGGAGAUGCUCACCCACCAAGCCACUCUGUACAUAGAGUCACGAGAUGGCGGCAGAUUGCGAUCAGUCAAGUGGUCCAUCUCUUCGCUCACGACACACGACUUUUUGCUUGCUGCCAUGAUCGUCUGCCUCGACCUCUACCACACUACUGAAUCGGACAGAAACACGAUUAAAACUUCGUCGUCCAAUCCCUCAUCGCCAAUGGGCGACGUAUGGACGCAAGAUCGCAGAGACCAAAUGAUCACAUCACUCCAGCACUGCGCGUCGAUCUGGGAGAGUCUGCGAGAUAAGAGUAUGGAAGCCUACAAGGCCUCAACACAGCUGCGCGUUAUGCUGGGCAAGAUUAGAGCUCAAGAGCAACAACAAACAGUGAUGACUGGUGGCAGAGAGCAGCAAUUGCGUAGCGCUAGCCAAUAUGGCAUGCGUGGUCAGUCCUUUGGCAGCUUCACCAAUGGUCAAGUGUCUGAUACUGUUGAUGACGAAGUCCCACCCGAGCACUCUGCUGCUAUGACCUUGGGCCUGUUGUCAUCCGGCGGCGUUAGUCCCAAUGCUGGAUUCGCUUCUAACAAUCCUGCCUCACUUGGCAUGGAUGCGCGCGGAUACCCAGCCAGUAUGGCUGGCCUGCUCAAUGAGCCUAUGUCUGAGCGUACAGGGUUGACAUCACAAUACAGUGGUGUGGACGUCAACGGAGCGCAGGCUGUUCAAGGUGCCGUGUCUCCUUUCACACAAAUGUUCGGCGCUGGUGCACCAGAUGUAGAUUGGGGCGCAUGGGACUCAUACAUGUGGUCAACGAACCUCGAAGUCAACCCGUUGGACGGACAACAGGCACAACAGCAACAGGCGGCUCAACACCAGGCACAACAGCAAUUAGCUCAACAAGCGCAGCAAGCAAGUAUGAACAACAUGUUCAUGGGUCCAGCUGGCGCUGCCAAUAUGAUGUGA